GCAAGCUACUGCUACUGCGGAGUUGUCUUCUGGGGUCCUGCAUGGCGGAACGCCGGAGGCACGUGUUUGUUGAAAAGGUGCUACAGAGACUUUUUCCUAAUGUUUCAAGUGGCCACAAAAAGAGGGAACCCCAGGCACCAGCCAUUGAAGACCUGCCCAAGACAGUGAGCUCUGAGAAAGUGAGGCAGAGACAUAUCCGGCCUUCGACAGAGAACAACACCCAGAUUCUGCCUGGCAGGCGGCUCUACACUGUAAGUUUGCCUCCUGAGGGGUACAUGCCCAGUGAACCAGGGCCCAGCAGUGACCCAAAUUCUGAAAACAUCUCCAGUGGGGACGACACAGAAGAUCAGGGUCCUCAUGAUCAACCAAAGAGAAGAAGAAUUAGAAAGCAUAAAUCAAAGAAGAAUUUGAAAAAUCCCAAUAAUGUUCAUGUAGAACAAGCAGGAUUAGAGAAACAGCAGAGUCCUUUACAAGAAAAAUUACAGCCACAGCACACAGAUGGCUCCAUAAUAAGCAAAAAUAAAAAAAGAAAACUGAAAAAGAAACAGCAAAUUAAAAAGAAGAAAGCAGCUGGCUUAGUGGCAAAGGCCUCUGGUGUCAAUUUUAUGUACCAGCCAGAGGAGAGCAGUAGUGAACAAGAAGAUGUGGGAGACGAUGGAGAAGAGGGCAUAGACGCCGAUGAGGAAGACACCAGAGAUGCCAGAGAAGGAGACGUCAGAGACACCAGGGAGGGAGACGUCAGAGACAUCAAUGAAGAAAACAUCAGAGAUGCCAAUGAGGAAGAUGCUAGAGACACUGGAGAGGGAUAUGUUAGAAACACCAGUGAGGAAGAUGUUAGAGAUGCCAGGGAGGGAAAUGUUAGAGAUACUAGUGAGGAAGAAGAUAUUACAGAUGCCAAUGAGGAAAAAGUUACAGACACUGACGAGGAAGAUGUUAAAAUUACCAAUGAAAAGGCAGAUAGUAUCCUAAACUUUUUGAAGUCAACACAAGAAAUUUAUUUUUAUGAUGGUGUCUCCAGAGACUCGAGUCCAGCUAUCUGUGUGGAGGCCACCGAAGAACUGCUCAGCCAUCUUGCGUCCCACCGCAUGUCACCCUCGGAUGUGUUCAUUCUGGAUCACAUGAAAACGCUGCUACUUGUGCAAGAUAUCGAACGAUUGAAGAGUGCCCUGGACAUGUUCCCAGAACACUGCAUGAUGCCUCGUGAGCAUGCCAGAGUAAUCUCAGCUUUCUUUAAUUACUGGAUCACGCAUAUCCUUCCUGAGAGAAACAGUGAAUAAAAUCAGAAUAAAAUCUUUAAGAAGAGCUAAUAAUUUAACACAAAAACACAUAAGACAAAUAUGAAAUGGGCUGAGUUAAUUCUUAUGUAUAAAAAAGGUUAAAUUGCAAAUAUUUUGUUUGUAACCCAAAUCCUGGGAACUUGGAAGACAUUUCUGCCAUAUUAUUUAUUCAUGUAUUUGUACAUAAUGAAUAGGAUGUCAUCUGAGGCUUUAGCUAAGAAACUGGGGUAAAAUUAUUUGCAAUUAUGUAUACCUUGAAAUACUACAUAAAACCUGAUUCUGUUUUUCCAGUUCUUGUAAAAAUUGAAAGUGGACAUUCUGUUACAUUAAAUAAACCGUAUAGUUUGAAGCUCAUAUAUUUUCAUAAAGUUUUAAAUCACUUGGUAUCUGAAAGUCUCUGUCUUUAAGAAUGCUUUCUGGAUAUUAAAAAGUUCUAGUUUAA